CUUAUUAACAAGGAUUCAAAUCCUAGCGCAGCUCAGCCUCCACAAUUCUGCCACAUGGCCAAUUACGGAAAACAACCAUAUUUUUUCAUGGAAGUGACCUUGCUUACUGAUACGAUGAUUAGUGGUUUAAAAUAUAUAACUCAUUCUUUAGGAGGGAAGAUGGCCGUCACAAAUAAUGCAUACAGUAUUGGAAAGGGGAAGAAGGUAAUUAAUUUGGAGCGAACAAGGUCUGUUGAUAUGCUGGAAAACGCUAGCUCCCCAAGUGAUGUGGCAGAAAGAAGGAUUGUGAGCCACCAAUCUGUACAUUCUCUUGAACAUGUUGUUCGCCCCAUCUUCUGUAGAGACUUCGAAGGAGAAAACAACCUUAUUGAUAUACCAUUGGACUGGAACAAAUUGGAUUCGGAAGUAGAAAAGAAGGGAAUGGAGGAGGUGGAUAUUCAGAUGAUGAGAGUGCAAAGCCUAUCUGAGGCGGGCAUAGCAGAGGUGCCCACCCAAUAUAUCCAGCCCCCUCAGAACCGACCGCCCGUUAAUGAUCACCUCAAAUUAAUAGAUAAUAAUGUCCCGCUGAUUGAUGUCUUUGGAUUCGAGGAUUCAGAGCACAGAGAUUCGGUUCGUAAACUAAUCGGUGAUGCCUGCAGUCAAUGGGGAGCCUUCCACAUCACCAAUCAUGGAGUUCCAAUUGAAUUAUUGGACCAGGUUAGGAGUGUAGGCUUAUCCUUCUUCAAAGAUUGCCCGGUUGAAGAAAAGCUCAAGUAUGCCUGCGAUCCCAGUUCUCCUGCAUCUCAGGGUUAUGGCUCUAAAAUGCUGCGCCCUGAAGCUGAAGCUGAAACUUCAACUGUUUUGGACUGGAGGGACUACUUUGAUCACCAUACCCUACCACUCUCUCGCCGCGACCCUUCUCGCUGGCCUCACUUCCCUUCAAAUUACAGGCAAGUUGUUGCCCAUUAUAGUGAUAAGCUCAAAAUGGUCGCACAGAAGCUGUUGGGCCUCAUAUCAGAGUCUCUGGGACUGCCAACUUCUUGCAUUGAGGAUGCUGUUGGGGAAUUCUAUCAAAAUAUUACUAUCAGCUACUACCCUGCUUGUCCUCAACCGCACCUUACGCUGGGUCUUCAGUCUCAUUCUGAUAUGGGUGCCAUUACACUUCUCAUCCAAGACCAUGUUGGGGGUCUUCAGCUUUUCAAAGACUCUCAGUGGAUUACUGUCCCUCCUCAAUCCCAUGCCAUUCUUGUUCUUUUGGCUGACCAAAUUGAGAUUAUAACUAACGGGAAGUAUCGGAGCGCUCAACAUCGAGCUAUUACGAAUUCUAGCAGUCCACGGCUCUCGGUUGCCACAUUUCAUGACCCUGCCAAGAGGGUGAAAAUAUCCCCUGCUCUGGAGCUAAUUAGCAACUCAUCCCCUCCCAAGUACCGCGAAGUUUACUAUGGAGACUAUGUGUCAUCAUGGUAUACCAAAGGCCCAGAAGGGAAACGGAACAUCGAUGCACUCAUCAAUUGUUAG